AUAUUUAUGUAUAAGUACAUAUAAUACUGUAGACUAUAACAUGACUGUGACCACUGUGACUGUUUAACAACUCAGGUGCCUCAGGUGUUGUCAGGUUGAGAGGAAGAAAUGUUAAAAAUUUAUUAAGUGGGGAGACAAAGUAUACUGGCGCACAGAGAGCGCGUGGCAAUUCGAAUACUAUUUCUUGGAGUAUAAUAAUUUUCUAUCUUACACAGAGAAUCAGUAUGUGCUCGCGGCUCGAUCGUGAUCAAGUUUAUACCGCAAUCUAAUUUAUCAUACUCUUCCGUAUGUCUUCUUCUUCCUUACUCGAGUUGCCGCAUAUCGCAAUCGACAUCAACAUUAGAUCAGUUUUGUAAUUGAACUCCUCGUAAAAGUAUUUAGUAAUUUUUUAAAAAUAAAAUGGAAACUUGGGUGUCGUGACGUCUAUUGAUAUUUGGAACCAUCAUCAUUAUUAUCAUUAUGGAAGAAAAGAUGCUGCCGAAGAACACGAGGCGUUCACUGAACUUGACCUUCGAUGGGCUGUCUUACUGUGUCAGAACUGGAAUUUUGAAGAAUGAAAGUCGACAAUUAUUAACGACAGUUAGCGGCGAAUUCCGUGUGGGAGAACUGACAGCGAUAAUGGGACCGUCUGGAGCUGGAAAGUCAACGCUUAUGGAUAUUUUAGCCGGAUUUACAGUCCAAAAUAGCGGCACAGUCUCUGUAAAUGGUAAUCCUCGUGAUCUUGCGGAGUUCCGUCGAUCAUCUGCGUACAUAAUGCAAGACGACCACCUCGAGCCUCUUCUUACUGUCGAGGAGAGCGUUUAUAUUGCAGCGAAUCUUAAACUUGGUUGGAAUAAUCAUGACAAAGCACAAAGGGUCGACCAAAUUAUUUUCGCACUAGGUCUCGAGUCAUGCAGAAAUACAAGGACGUCGCUUCUAAGCGGAGGACAGAGAAAAAGACUAGCAAUAGCUCUCGAGCUUGUUAAUAAUCCACCAGUUAUGUUUUUUGAUGAGCCAACGAGCGGUUUGGAUAUUGUUACGUCUAAACAGUGUAUCAAUUUGCUUCGAGCACUAGCAAGAGAAGGUCCACGUACGAUCAUCAUGACAAUUCAUCAACCUAGUGCAACACUUUUCGACAUGUUGGACCAUUUGUAUGUCGUCGUAGAAGGUCGCUGUGUCUAUACAGGAGGAACUAAAUCUAUACUGCCGUAUUUAGUCAAGCACGGAUUACACUGCCCUACUUAUCAUAAUCCCGCUGACUUUUUGUUGGAAAUAUGCAACGGUGAUUACGGUAACUGGAACAAAAAACUAGUCGACUCAAUUGACAACGGCAAGUGCAAUAACUGGAGAUCAGUUUCUAGUGAAAAAAUUGCUUGGAGAGUCGAUUGUCCUUUCCGACGAGGACUGAGUCUCGAAAUUCCUGAAGACAAUGAUACAGGUGUAAUAAAUAAAAAGCCCGGAUACUAUGCCACUGGAUUUCUACAACAGCUGUACAUUUUAAUUAAAAGAAAUGCCAUCAAAUUAUCUAGAGAUAAAGUCUUGACAUUCACCCGACUGUCAAUGCAUUGCAUAAUUGCUCUUAUCGUCGGUGUUAUUUAUUACGAUAUAGGCGAAGACGCCGCUUACGCUUUGGAUAAUUUUAAUUUGAUAUUUUUUAAUCUCAUGUUUUUAAUGUUUUCUGCAUUCAGUGCGACAAUAAUAACAUUUCCAACGGCAGUACCAAUAGCAACACGAGAACAUUUCAACAGGUGGUAUAAACUAAGAUCAUUCUAUCUAGCUAACAAAUUUGCUGAUUUACCUAUUCAAAUAAUAGCUGUUUCAAUUUACACACUCAUUGUUUACUUUAUGACCGGACAAAUACCCGAGGGUAGAAGAUUUGCAUUACUGUCCGCUGUUUGCGUUACUGUCAGUCUAGUUGCGCAAAUUAUUGGUGUAAUUGUCGGAACUGGAAUGAGUGUUCAGAACAGCGUCAUCCUUGGACCUCUGCUAAUAAUGCCUUUUGUUGUAUUCAGUGGAUUCUUUGUCCACAUAAAUGACGCACCUUCUUAUCUCCAAUGGCUUUUCCACACAUCAUUUCUCAAAUAUGGAUUUGAAACUGCAAUGGCUUCUAUGUAUGGAUUCGAUAGACGAAAAAUGAAGUGCUCGGAUGAUUACUGUCAUUUUGCAUUCCCAAAAAAACUUAUGCAUGAAAUGGGAAUGAUUAACGUCGACUAUUGGUUUUCAAUGUUAAUAUUAUUUUGUUUAUAUUUUUUACUUGAUAUAUUAGCUUAUAUCACUCUCCGAUUGCGUUUGAAAAAACUAAUUUGAUAUUUUUAUCAACUAGAAAUAAAAUUAUUAGUUAAUUUUUUUUUAUAAAUCAAUUUUUAUAUAUAUUCUAGUCAGUAUUAUUGUUUUACAAUUAAAAGUAAUAAUAAUAAUUACACUAAUCAGUAAUUAUGAAAUUAAAUAAUACUAUAAAUCAAA